UUGUCGGGUGGCGGGAGACUCAACGCAUGUCGCGGGCUCUCGGGGAGGCGUCGCGCCGCCGCUGCGUUCGGGGGGCACUGGGCCGGGCAGGAGCUCGGGCCCCCUGCGACCCCUCGACCCCCUCCAACCCCUCAACCCCCUCCGACCCCCUCCGACCCCGCGGGGUGGCUCGGACGCGCCGGAAAAUGCGUGCCAGUUUUCCAGUCCGCGAUUGCCGAUUGUCCGUAUUGA